AGGAUCAGGUGUUUUCGGGUUAACCGCCAGAAAUGCAAUGGCGCGUCUUGAUUCUGAGGUGAAGGAAGACUGUCUGAGGGAAGACCUGAAGUUUUACUUCAUGAAUCCUUGUGAAAAAUACCGAGCCAGACACCAGAUUCCAUGGAAACUUGGUUUGCAGAUUUUGAAGAUAGUGAUGGUCACCACACAGCUUGUUGGUUUUGGUUUAAGUAACCAGCUGGUGGUUGCUUUCAAAGAAGACAACACUGUUGCUUUUAAGCACCUGUUCUUGAAAGGAUAUUCUGGUGUAGAUGAAGAUGACUACAGUUGCAGUGUGUAUACUCAGGAGGACGCCUACGAGAGCAUCUUUUUUGCUAUUAAUCAGUAUCAUCGUCUCAAGGACAUUACCCUGGGCACCCUUGGUUAUGGAGAAAAUGAAGACAAUAGAAUUGGCUUAAAAGUCUGUAAGAAACAUUACAAGAAAGGGACCAUGUUUCCUUCCAACGAGACACUGAAUAUUGACAGUGACAUUGAGACAGAUUGUGUUCAUUUGGACCAUCAGACUCUCUCCAAGAACCCACAGGACUGGAAGAACUUGUCAUUCUUCAGACUAGAAUUUUAUAGGCUCUUACAAGUCGACAUCUCCUUUCAUCUCAAGGGCAUUGGUCUACAAACGAUUCGUUCCCGUGAGGUACCGGACUGUUAUAUCUUUCAGAACACGAUUACCUUUGACAAUAAAGCUCACAGUGGCAAAAUCAGAAUCUAUUUUGACAGUGAUGCCAACAUCGAAGAAUGUAAAGGCUUGAAUAUUUUUGGAUCUACUCAGAAGAAUAUUCAGUAUGUCCUGGUGUUUGACGUAUUUGUUAUUCUGAGUUGCUUGACCUCUCUCGUUCUGUGCACAAGAUCCAUUGUUCUCGCUCUGAGGUUACGAAAGAGAUUUCUGGAAUUCUUCUUGGAGAAGUAUAAGCGUCGUGUGUGUGAUGCCGACCGGUGGAAGUUCGUCAAUGGCUGGUACAUUUUGGUGAUUAUCAGCGACCUCAUGACAGUCAUUGGAUCCAUAUUAAAAAUGGAAAUCAAAGCAAAGAAUCUCACAAAUUACGAUCUGUGCAGCAUUUUGCUGGGGACAUCUACACUCCUUGUUUGGGUUGGAGUCAUCAGAUACCUGGGUUAUUUCCAAACGUAUAAUGUGCUUAUUUUAACGAUGCAAGCCUCACUGCCCAAAGUUCUUCGAUUUUGUGCUUGUGCUGGGAUGAUUUAUCUGGGUUACACAUUCUGUGGCUGGAUUGUCUUAGGACCAUAUCAUGACAAGUUUGAGAAUCUGAACACAGUCGCUGAGUGUCUGUUUUCUCUGGUCAAUGGCGAUGACAUGUUUGCAACUUUUGCUCAAAUCCAGCAGAAGAGCGUCUUGGUUUGGCUGUUUAGUCGUCUGUAUUUAUAUUCCUUCAUCAGCCUCUUCAUAUAUAUGAUUCUCAGCCUUUUUAUUGCACUUAUCACAGAUUCUUAUGACACCAUUAAGAAAUUCCAGCAGAAUGGGUUUCCUGAAACGGAUCUGCAGGAAUUCCUGAAGGAAUGUAGUGGCAAAGUGGGGUAUCAGCAUGAGCCCCCCGCCCUCCUGUCCUGCGUCAGCUGCCUGAGGAGGAAAGGAAGUGAUGACCCCCUGAUACUUAUUAAUUAAAGUUCUUCUGCUUAAGACAAUUAAAGUUCAGGUUUCCUCAUCCAGUGAC